AUGACUUACGAUGUUGGAUCUGUGGGACUCAAUCUCUACGAAGCUUGCGAUCGUGUGAUUCUUUCGGCGCCAGGGAAAUCGGGGAACCACGAAGCACAGGCCGAGGGACGGUGUCUCAGAGUAUAUAACCCUUUCCCCGAAUUCUUUAUCCCGAAAGAUGAGGAAGAUUGGAAUGACCUUGUUGCUCGCAAAGCCGGCUUGAGAAAUAAGACAAUCCUUACCAUCCCGGCUGACUGGCUUGCAUCCGCCUCGGAGGCGACGCCCAAUAUGUGA